AUGGCAGCGGCGGCCGAGCCCGGGGCCCAGGUCCGGCCUGGCAGCGACGCCCCGCGCCUGGACAGCCCGGAGCUGAGCGGCGGCGGCGGAGGCAGAGGCGCGUCCCCCCGGCGGGCGCGGGCCAGGCCGCCGGGCCCCGACGCGCCUGGACACCGAUUCCGGAAGGUGACCCUCACCAAGCCCACCUUCUGCCACCUCUGCUCCGACUUCAUCUGGGGGCUGGCCGGCUUCCUCUGCGAGGUAUGCAACUUCAUGUCCCAUGAGAAGUGUCUGAAGCAGGUGAAGAUGCCCUGUGCCACCCUGGCACCACGCCUGGUCUACGUUCCAGUCGCACACUGCUUCGGACCCCGCAGACUGUAUAAGCGGCGCUUCUGUGCAGUGUGUCGAAGGGGCCUGGAGGUGCCCUCUCUGCGCUGCGAAGUGUGUGAGCUGCACGUUCACCCCAACUGUGUGCCCUUCGCCUGCAGCGACUGCCGCCAGUGCCACUGCGAUGGGCACUGGGACCAAGACACACACCUCCACCACUGGCGGGAGGGGAACCCACCCUCCUGUGCACGCUGCCAAGUCUGCAGGAAGACAUGUGGCUCCUCCGAUGUGCUGGCUGGCAUCCACUGUGAGUGGUGUGGCACGCAGGUACACUCCAUAUGUGCGGUAGUGCUGGCUGAUGAGUGUACUUUUGGGCCACUGCACACCUUGACCCUGCCUCCCACUUGCGUACGUCUGUUGUCCAGUAACUUCAGCAAAAUGCACUGUUUCCGUAUCUUGCACCCAGCAGAGCCAGGUGAUUGGGAGGACGGCGAGGACAGCAGUACCAGCCUUUCAAGAGAGGGGCUUGCUCCUGAGUCUGGUAAGCAGACCCUGAGGAUCUUUGACGGUGAUGAUGCAGUACAGCGGAACCACUUCCGGGUCAUUGUGGUGCCAAGACAGGCUAGGAGUGAGGAGCUGGUGGAGGCGGCUCUGCGGGCUUACUACCUCCCUGAUGACCCUGAGGACUUCGAGCUACAGCCACUCCCGGUGGCCUCAGAGGGUGAUGUGCCAACCACAUGGAUCCUCCGGGCCUGGCCCCGCACACAGGAGGUCCUGAAUAUCUACCCUGCUUGGCUCCAGCCGGGUGUGUCCUACGUGUCUGUGUGUGUGACUCCGCAGAGCACUGUGGGGUCUGCGGUGCUGGAGGCACUCCUGUUGCUCGGGUGCCAGGUAGGUGCUCGUGGCUCACUGGAGGGGCCCUGGGAGGUAGGUGCCAAACCAGGCCUGAUGCCCCACUGCCUACUAACUCAGGCCCAGAGUGCCCAGAGCUUCCAGCUGGUGGAGGUGCUCAUGGAUAGCAGGCAGGUCCAGCGGACACCCCUGGCUGAUAGUGAGCUCCUGCUCGACCGGCUCCGAGCUCUCCGACAGGCUUCCCUGCACCAGAUGAACCAGGUGCGGUUCUAUGUGGCCGACAGCAGGACUACGGCCCCACGGGUCUCCCUGUUCGUUGGUGGCCUGCCGUGCGGCCUCUCCCUGCUGGAGUACCGAAACCUGCUGGAAGAGGCUCUGGCCACCAAAGCUGGCCUGGUGUCCGUGAGCCACGUCUACUCCUCUCAAGGUGCUGUGGUGCUGGAGGUGAGCUGCUUUACCGAGGCUGAGCGUCUGUACAUGUUGGUCAGGGAGACAGCUGUGUGUGGCCACCCACUGAAUGCUUUGGUGCUCCCAGAGGUGCUGCACAUGAAACUACCCCCAAGCUGCCGACCCCUCCUCGUGUUCGUGAACCCCAAGAGUGGAGGCCUGCAGGGCAGGGACCUGCUCUCCAGUUUCCGGAAACUGCUAAACCCUCACCAAGUCUUUGACCUGACCAAUGGAGGGCCUGUGCCUGGGUUCCACCUGUUCGCCCAGGUACCGUGCUUCCGGGUGCUGGUGUGUGGUGGGGAUGGCACUGUGGGCUGGGUGCUCGCUGCCCUGGAAGAGUUGCGGCACUGUCUGGCCUGCCCUGACCCUUCAGUGGCCAUCCUGCCCCUGGGCACAGGUGGGUCAUUGGCUGUGUGGGUUAUCCCCUUCCAUUCUGUCCAUGUUUGGCCAGGAGUCAGCCCGGAUCCUGUCUGUUUCCCAGGGAAUGACCUUGGCCGCGUGCUCCGCUGGGGGCCUGGCUACAGUGGGGAGGACCCACUGUCCGUGCUGCUAUCAGUGGAUGAGGCAGAUGCCGUGCUUGUGGACCGCUGGACCAUCCUGCUGGAUGCUCAACAGGACAGCAGUGCUGAGACGAGUGUGGCCAAUAUCGAGCCUCCCAAAAUUGUGCAAAUGAGCAACUACUGUGGCAUUGGCAUUGAUGCUGAGCUGAGCCUGGACUUCCACCAGGCACGUGAGGAGGAGCCGGGCAAGUUCACCAGCAGGUUUCACAACAAAGGCAUGUAUGUGCGGGCUGGGCUGCAGAAGAUGAACCAUUCACGGGGCCUGCACAAGGAGGUGCGGCUGCAGGUGGGGCAGCAGGAAGUGACAUUGCCAAGCCUCGAGGGCCUCAUCUUCAUCAACAUUCCCAGCUGGGGCUCGGGGGCUGACCUGUGGGGUUCUGACAACGACUCCAGAUUCAAGAAGCCACGCAUGGAUGACGGGUUGCUGGAGGUGGUGGGGGUAACAGGGGUCCUUCACAUGGGCCAGGUCCAGGGCGGGCUGCGCUCUGGCAUCCGCAUUGCCCAGGGCUCCUACUUCCGUGUCACCCUCCUCAAGGCCACAGCUGUGCAGGUAGACGGUGAGCCCUGGAUCCAGGCUCCCGGGCAUAUAAUCAUCUCAGCUGCAGGCCCCAAGGUGCACAUGUUGCGCAAGGCCAAGCAGAAGCCCAGGAAGGCCGAUGAGGUGUCUGCCCCCAGCGGAGACAAGUAGAGGCCGUCUGCCGAAUACUCGCUGCUGCUAGACAGACCCACUUAGGCCUUGCCUGGUGACACCAGGCUCUGCUCUCCGGACGCCUUGUCCUUUGAGCCUGGUACCUGUCUCUCUCAGGCCAGGUUUGAUCCUGAGUGUUCUGCCCAAUGGAGACCAUCCAGCCUCAACUUCCCUCAGAGGCUGCACCUCUCCCCAAACGGUCCCAGCGGUGUGAUGGGACAGGUGCCGAGGUCAUAGGGGACAAUGCCCCACAAGGCUCCAUCACUGGCUCCCCAUACCCUCACGUUGCAUCAUAGUGACUAGCCCCGUCUGUGUUUUGCACACACACACACUCAUGCUGUUUCCGACUUAGUGCUGUAAUUAAUGACGGGCCUGUGACUGACCAUUCCCCACCGCACCCACUGCAAUGUCCAGAAUAAAUACAGCCUGGUCUUGCUGUC